AUGAUGACCAGUUCCCAGCCUGAUCUUCACAGAAAGACUAUCGAAGAUGUCGAAACCGAUGUUUUACAGGCAUGUGAAAGCUCCCUAAGUACGCACGAAAGUGUCGAAGAUGCAGAAGGUCUCGACAAUACUGCCAUAAGAAACCUAGUGUGGAAGCAGGACCUACGUAUCGUUCCAUUGUCGGCUUUUAUCUAUUUAUUGUGUUACCUGGAUAGGUCGAAUAUCGGAAAUGCCAAAAUCUUGAACGCAGAUACACACAAUGAUUUGCUUACCGAGACCCAUAUGACAAACUACCAGUACACGAUCGCCUUGAUGGUUUUCUUGAUCGCUUACGCCCUGUUUGAGGUUCCUUCGAACUAUCUCCUGAAAAAGUUGAGACCUAGUAGAUGGAUUGCCUUUUUGAUGUUAUCGUGGGGCGCGAUCACGAUGGGCUUGGGCGGCGCUAAGAACACCGCCCAGGUCACUGGAAUUCGCUUCAUACUCGGUGUCUUUGAAGCAGGUCUUUUCCCCGGUUUGGUAUACUACCUUACUUUUUGGUACCGCGUCCACGAGCGAUCAGUCCGCGUAGCUCUUAUUCUUGCAUCUGCAACACUCGCGGGAGCAUUUGGCGGUGCAAUAGCUUACGGAGUCGGUCAUUUGAACCAGUCCCACGGACUGUCUGCCUGGCGAUGGCUCUUCAUCAUUGAAGGCGCUCCUUCCUGCUUCUCUGCCGUGCUCAUUUUCUUUUUUCUUCCGGAUUAUCCGGAGACCUCACAUUGGCUGAAAGCCGAGGAGAAGGACUUGGCCAAACGUCGACUACGUCUUGAAGGCUCACAAGGAAACGCUAAGGCAAUGACAUGGGAGGAUGCUAAAACUGUGCUCACCGAGUGGCGUCUUUAUGCUCACUAUGCUGUAUAUUUUGGCAUUUCGACUCCAUUCUCAAGCCUAUCGUUGUUCACACCAUCCAUCACUGCUGGUUUGGGAUAUGAAGGUCUAAAAGCACAGUUGAUGACUGUGCCGCCGUAUGCAGUCGCAUAUGUUGUCACGAUAUCAGUGGCAGGUUCAGCCGACUAUUUCAAUGCGCGUGGUAUUCACUCGGCUAUUUUUUCUUUCAUUGGGGCCAUGGGUUUUCUUGCGUCUGCUGUUCUACCGCCAGAUGCUUAUCAGCAUCGCUAUGGUUGUCUUAUUGUAGCUGCGAGUGGAUCCUUUUCCUGUAUUCCGCCUCUGCUCGGAUGGCUUUCAUCCAAUGUAAACACCACUGCAGCUGCUGGUCUUGCAAUCGCUCUCAAUAUCUCAUUUGGUGCACCGGGCCAAAUUGCUGGGGUAUGGAUAUACAAGUCAAAUGAAGCAAAGAAGGGGUAUCCAACUGGUCACUGGACAAAUGCGGGACUAUUGCUUUUCGUGGCUGCGGGUUGUAUUCUACUUCAGAUUUACUACGCGUACAUGAACAGACGUCUACGAAGACAACCGGGGGCGAAAUUGUAUGCUUACUGA